AUGUGCCUGUCUGCGCUGCCCUCGCUCGCCUCGACCUCCCUGACCAGCUAUCUGGCCAACCUUCACCUGCUUACCUCCCAGCACUACGACCACCGUGCCCCUCCCAACGCCCUCGCCGUGACCGAAUAUCCCCAGCUGACCCCGUCCGCCUUGGCCUUCCACUCCGCCGUUGGCGAGGUGAUUUGGCUAGGGGUCCCGGGUCCGUCCUGA